ACAUCUCACCAGUAAUAUCACCGCUCACACAAUCCGUCCUAGCUUCCUCAACAUAACAUAAACGACGUGAAUGUUCUGGCUACAAAGGAGCGUUUGAGUAGUGAUGGUUAAUCAACGGGGAUGAGCGGGAGCUGUGCACCACGCCCGAGAGUCAAUGAGCAGGUGAAUGCGUCUCAACUGUGAAGCUGAGCCCGCGGGAGAGAAGAGAGAGAGAAGAGAGAGAAAGGAAGGAAGGAAGGAAGGAAGACAGGUCAUCAAGUGCAAGGCUGCAGUGUCCUGGGAGCCCAACAAGCCUUUAGUGAUUGAAGAGAUUGAGGUAGCCCCACCCCAGGUCAAUGAGGUCCGGAUCAAGAUUGUGGCAGCUGCAGUUUGCCGUUCAGAUCUUUACCAACUUCUGGAGGCUAUGCCUAAAGACGAUUUCCCAACAAUCCUCGGCCAUGAGGCGGCUGGCAUUGUAGAGAGCGUUGGGCCAGGAGUCACCGAAUUUCAGCCAGGUGACAAGGUGAUUCCUGUUUUCCUCUCCCAGUGUCGAGAAUGUCGCUUUUGUAAGAGUCCCAAAACCAACCAGUGUGAAAAGUCAUGGUUCAAUGUUCAACAUGAUGGGAGCGAGAGCAGGUUUACCUGUAAGGGGAAGAAGUUGCUGCCCUUUAUUGGAACCAGUACCUUCUCCGAGUACACAGUGGUUAACCAGAUUGCUGUGGCAAAGAUCGACCCCGCUGCCCCUCUGGACAAAGUCUGUCUCCUCGGCUGUGGGAUUUGCACUGGUUAUGGAGCAGCAGUCAAUACUGCUAAGGUGGAACCAGGCUCCACAUGUGCUGUGUUUGGCCUGGGAGCUGUGGGUUUGGCUGCAGUCAUGGGCUGCAAGGCUGCAGGAGCCAAGAAGAUCAUUGCAGUUGACAUCAAUCCAGAGAAGUUUGAGAAGGCCAAGGUGUUCGGUGCGACCGACUUUGUGAACCCUAAGGAUCAUGAUAAACCCAUCAGCCAAGUGCUGGCAGAGAUGACCAAUGGAGGAGUGGACUACUCACUGGAAUGUACUGGGAAUGUGGGAGUCAUGCGCAGUGCCUUGGAGUCUUGUAUACAGGCUUGGGGUGUCAGUGUGAUAGUUGGCUGGACAGAGUUGCAUGAUGUUGCUACCCGGCCCGUUCAACUCGUCAAAGGACGCACAUGGAAGGGCUCCCAUUUUGGAGGCUUCAAGAGCAAGGAUGGUGUGUCUGAGAUGGUUAAAGCCUACCUGGACAAGAAGGUGAAGGUGGAUGAGUUUAUCACUCACAACAUGACUUUGGACCAGAUUAAUGAUGCCAUUGAACUGAUGAAGCACAGCAAAUGCAUCCGGACAGUCCUGAACAUUUCUCCAGAAUAAAUUGCUAUUUUGCAGGCAGCAGUUUUGACAAAAGGUGGCUGAUAAGUGAUUGGGAGCGCCUUGGUGCCUUGUUUUGGCAU